AUGACUACUGAAGUUGAAAAAUUACUAGACGGUAAUUUCGUUCGAAGGGGACAUCGUCCCUCAAUCGACGAAACUUAUAUUGCAGCAGCACCUGUUGCAGCUAAACAUUCGCCUUGGGCUAGCAUGAAACCGUAUGAAACCUUAAAUAAAAGUAAUAUAGGAGCUUAUAUUCAAUUCAUAGUUAUUGGUAUUGCAGUUGCAUUCCCUACUUAUGCCUUCUUCUCGGCAACAAAUUACUUUAAAAAAGAUGUUCUACAUACCAGUAAGAGCGAUAUUGGUUUGGAAAUGGCCUAUUUAUCAUCUCGACUACUCGGUAAUAUAGCGUCAUUACUAUUUCUAAGGACAUGCAACUUUUCAAGGAAACUCUUUGGCGGAUUUGUUAUUCUAGCUAUUUGCUUGAUCAUUUUACCAAUUAUCGAUCAAUUUCAUUUGUGUGGUAGUGCAUGUACAGGUGCGGUAGUCAUGGCUGUAAUUCGAAUGUUAGUCAAAGUCGCUGGUCAUGAUCCACGUGGUGCAAGCUACUGUUAUUUUGGCAUUAGCUCGGGCCUUCUAUUACUUGCUGUAUUAGUCUAUUUCUGUGUAUCUCGACAAUCAACUUAUCGCCACUACAGCAGUCUAUCAGCCAUGCAUGCAUUGCAUGAGAUCGAAGAUGUUAGCGUGCGUCAUCGAUUUCAGUGUUGCCGAUUCUUAUCCGAUGCCUGUACUACCCUACGACAACCUCAAAUACUCAAUCAUUGUAUCUUAUUAUUUUUGAUUACAGCACAAGACUAUAUGAUUAUACCAACCAUAUUCGUUCUUGCUAGAGAUUUCAUUGGCGGAGGUUGGACAUUUCUGGUUCUCUAUUUAGUCUACAGUUUAUCAGAUACUGUAGGUCGUGGACCAUUAGCCACAACCUUACCAUAUUCUACACGAAUUGCCUGGAUCGGUUUAUUAGUAAGAUUUGCCGUUAUAGCAGGUAUUGCUACAUGUAUACCACCGAAUAAAUUAAGCAACGAAGGACAGGAAUGGAUUUUAUUUGUCCUAGUCAUGGUACUUGGAAUUUCUACCGGUCACAUUAAUACAUCUAUUAUUUCAUAUGCCCCAACUUGUGUAUCUCAAGUAUAUCGCGAAACAACAGGUUAUUUAUGUAUCUUAAGUCUAUUUGCUGGUAUGUCAGCCGGUAUAAUAUUAAGUAUCUUGGUUGAAAAGAUGAUCCAAUUUGCAUAA